UUGGUAGUUAGCUGUUUAGUCUUGAAUCCGGUUUAUCGUGGGUUUAUUAGAGUGUUGUGUUGAAGUUCAGCAGCGCGUGGUGUUUCUGAUGCUCUGUAGAGCUGAGAGCUGCUCUGUGCUGCUGCUGACGGUUACUCUAGUCUGGCAUGUCGAGUUCUUCAGAGCCGCAGGAUGCAGAGGAUGAGGAGGUGCAGUUUGUGUCGGAAGGUCCACUGAGACCAGUUCUGGAGUGUAUAGACCUGCUGAGUGAAGGAGAGGACGAUGCAGGCGUUUGUACGAUCGAGGAUCAGGUGGACAAGCAGAAAGCCCACGCUGCUUCAACCCUGGACAAACUGGCUCGUAAAGUUGCUGUGGAUAAACAAGAACGUGCAGAAAAAUGCAAAGCAUUUAAGCAGCGGAUGAUUUCUCUUCAAGCACAGGGUCGUCACGAGGUGGCGUUGAGCCGUUGCAGCAGUGGGGAGAGUAAUGAUGCCAAACGCUGUGUGGACAUCUGGCUGAAAAUGCCAGGAGUAAAGCCUGGCAUUAUUAACUCUGGAGCGAGCUGGAGGCGUAGAUCGGAGCCUGUGUUCCCACUCAGGUCCUCUGCACAGACCUGCCCUGUAAUUAACUGCGGGAGAGUUUACGAGAACGCCCCCCUUCUUGAGGGACACCUCAAAAGAUUUGACCACUCUCCUUGUGACCCAACCAUCACUCUUAAGGGCUUUUCCUCUCCUGUCUAUGCCUGUGUGGCCUGUGGUCAACACUAUGACACCAAAGAAGCCUGGAGGACCCACAUGAGCUCAAAGCUCUCUUCCUCUGACACCAGAGGCCACGUCAGCUCUCAGACCUGCCAGCUGAUUGUGUGCUUUGCUUGCCCUGCUUGUUUUCACCUUUUCAAUGUCAGAGAUGAGUGUCUCCAGCACAUGGCAGCCAAAAACCACUUCACUAACUCCAUCUCUCUCAGCGACGUGAAAGACACACCAGUACCGAUUCCAAUUCCACGAUAUGCAAAAGCCAGACUAAUUGCUUUAUGCAAGGAUGUUGUGUUCUGUGUCAAAUGCACAACUUGCUCAAAGCUAUUAACCUCACAUAUGGAAGCAAAGGCACACUUCAAUGUGCACUGCAGAAAUGGCAGUGCUAUUGCAGAAGCUGAUCAAAGUGUUACUCAGAUCAUGAAGCAAAUGACAGUUUUGGGCCAGUGCUCCUCCUGCACCAAAAUCUUCCUCCGUCUGAAUCAGAUUGAGGAGCACAGAGAGCAGAUGCAGCAUGAGAUAGAGAUGAUCCGCAGUGUGGAGCAGGCACUAUUGUGCUACAGCAACUACUGUGAAAUCCAACACUCCUUUAAGCAUGCAUCCGGUCAUCCUGCUAAACGCGGGGCUGCAACCAAAGCCUCAUCGCACAGAGAUGAAAAGAAAAACGACUCUUUCGGCUCUCCCGCCAAGCGCCAGAAACGCUCAGCCUCUAGUUCACAGGCAGAACGUGGCAGAUCCUUUAACCUUGCCUGGUUCUGUGAGUGUGGCCUGCGCUUUCUGGAGGAAGAUCAGGCCACCAAGCACCUUCUAGCAGCCAACCAGAUUUUUCACAAGUGUGGCGUCUGUGGCAAGAUGAUGGGCGAAUCGUCUAUAACACGUUUGCACAUGAGCAGAUUUCACGGAGGUGCUCACCUGUCCAACUUCCUUUACUUCUGUAGGGAGUGCAAAGUAGAAAUGCCAAGGAUUGAAGAUAUCUUGUCCCAUGUUGGUGUUGUCCACCGUGGACACACCUAUUACAAGGAAAAAGAAGACACAGGAGAAAAGAUCUCAUCAUGCUCAUCUCCUAAACCAUCUACUAGCACUGCAGAGAGCCGCCCGGUGGUUGCGUCUCGUGCUCCUCCUCCUCCUCCUCCUCCUAAACAAGAGGAACACUGGCUGUGCAGAAUGUGUGAGGACCUGUUUGACUCAGAAGCGGCCGUCCACAGGCACUGCAGUGAUGUGAACAGCCACAGCUUCCAGAGGUUUGUUUGCGGUCACUGCCCUCAGAAGUUCUUCAAAGACUCCACUCUUCGCCGGCACUGUGACAACGAGCAUGGCGGCCAGCAGCUCCUCCGCUACUUUUGUGGGCUCUGUGAGAGCAUACUGUACGACUCUGAGCAGGAGUUUCAGGAGCAUUAUGUUAGUCUGCACAGCAAGGACUACUACUGCUUGAACAAGACGAAUGGAACGGAUGUGAUUGAAGACAGUUCCACCGAUGUGCCUUCUUCAAGCAAAAGUCCUCCUCAGCUGUGCCCCUGCAUGGGUUACCAAAAACCCAAAGAAGAGGAGAAGUCCACCUUUACGAGGUGCAUGAAGCAGCUAGCCAGCGAAAGCAAAUGCAGCUAUGUCUGUCACCAAUGCUCGACAACAGUGGGCUCCUAUGCAGAGAUGAAAACACACGUGUACCUAAAACACGAGGCUCUGGGCAGAAGCUUUGAUGUUGUCUGCAUGUCCUGUUCCGAGAGCCACCGCGAUGUUCCCAGGUUCCACACACAUUACCACAACCAUCACUGCCUACUGGAACCCUGUGUGUCCUUAAGAAACAACGGCACAGGCGAGGAGGGAGUCCCUGUCACCAACAUUUUGAAUGCAGAAGAAAUCUCAGCAGACAAGAAUGCUGUGGAGUUUCAGCAGGUGAAGAGUGUUGUUCCUUCGAGCAUCAAUGAUAAAGAAUCUGUGGAAGAGUCUAAAGAUGACUUUGAAGAGGAGAUGAAGCUUGCUUUGGCUUUGAGUGCUGAGGAAGCAAAGAAACCAAACGAAUUUGAUCGAGCUUUACAUGCGUGAAAAGUGCCACCAAUAUGAGAUGGAAGAAGCUCUGAAAAGAAGCCUGCAGGACUUUUGAUUGCUAAAACCUGCAAAAUAGUUCAAACAGUGUUUGACCUGUAUGUUUGUUUUUUAUGUUGUUAAUGUUCUCUGAAGUUUAAAUAAAGAACUAACUGACUAAACUGGUUA